AUGCAGAAUGUGAAAACAAGGCUAGGUCCUGAACUUGUCGGUGGCCAUCUGCGCGCGAUGAUUGAGGGUGGGCGAAACACCUGUCUUCCGCAAACCGGCGUCACUCUUAAACAGAAUGCCACGGUCGACGAGCUGGCGCAGCACAUUGCCUUUAUCAUUACAGAGGUCGCCAGGGGGGUCGGAAAGGAAAGCGGCGGCGCUGGACAGGGUCCUGGCACCAAGAAGUUCGCCUUCACCAUCGAGCCAACUGUCGAGGCCCAGACCGGUUGGACCCAACGGAUUGUCUCUGGCGCAGCGGCAUUCAUCGCCAUGUCCAACUGUCCACCCAGCUAUUUCAACGCCGAAGGCGACCUCUAA